UUCUCGAGAAGAAUUUUCAAAGAAAAAUUUUGACAAUGGCUUCAGCAGUACUUAGUUCUGUUCCCACGACCGCUUCUCGUUUUGCCCUGUUGCAAGUGGAUAGUGGCAGUGGUUCUGACUCUGAGCCUGGAAAGGGGAAAGGUCAGAAUACUGAGAAGUCUCAAACAAGCAAAUCCACUACCAAUGAGAAAAAGAGAGAAAAAAGAAGAAAAAAGAAGGAACAGCAACAAAGUGAAGCAAAUGAACUCAGAAAUCUUGCUUUUAAGAAAAUUCCCCAGAAAUCUUCUCAUGCAAUUUGUAAUACUCAACAUGAACUUGCUUUAUCAAGUCCAGUACAGAAGAAUUCUCGAGAAGAAAAUUGGCAAGAGUGGAGACAAAAAGAUGAGCAGCUUACAUCUGAAAUGUUUGAAGCCGAUCUUGAGAAAGCAUUGUUACUAAGUACAUUAGAAUAUGAAGAACAUAAAAAGGAGUAUGAAACUGCUGAAACUACUUCAAUUCAGUCCAAGAUUAUGAAUAAGAAAGAUAAAAGAAAGAAUCAUCAGGGGAAAGACAAAUCUCUCACAGUAUCUCUAAAAGAUUUUCAAUCUGAAGAUCAUGUUAGUAGAAAGACUGAGGAAUUGGUGUCUUCUCAGAGUUUAUCACAUGAUAGUGGAUUCUUCAACAGACUGGAAGAUGAUGUACAUAAAAUUCUUAUUAGAGAAAAAAGACGAGAACAACUUACAGAAUAUAAUGGAACAGAUAAUUGUGCAGCUCUUGAAAACAACCAGGAAGUAGUUCUGAAAGAUGGAAGAAUUGAAAGAUUAAAGUUAGAACUUGAAAGGAAAGAUGUUGAAAUCCAGAAGCUGAAAAAUGUGAUUACUCAGUGGGAGGCAAAAUAUAAAGAAGUAAAAGCACGAAAUACACAGUUACUGAAAAUGCUUCAGGAAGGCGAAAUGAAAGAUAAAGCAGAAAUACUUCUGCAAGUUGAUGAAUCACAAAGUAUCAAGAAUGAGCUAACUAUACAGGUGACUUCACUUCAUGCUGCAUUAGAACAAGAAAGAUCUAAAGUGAAAGUAUUACAAGCAGAAUUAGCCAAAUACCAGGGUGGCAGAAAAGGGAAACGAAACUCUGAAUCUGACCAAUGUAGGUGAUUACAUUAGUCUUUGAGGUCAAUACAAAAAAUUUAAACUUUCAGGGUUUUUAAAAAAGAUGUAUAUAGUUAAUGCUUUGUAACUGCUAGACUGCAGUUUUUGUUCUAGAAAUUUAAAAAUGUUAGUUCUCUAAGUCUGUAAUUUUAUGUUCUUUUUGGCUUAAAGUGAAAAAAUAGAACUCUAGAAGAAUUCAGUGUUUAUUGUUUACUAUUCUUACAUCAUAUCACUAUAGUUUUUCAUCAGUCAAUAAAAUUAAUUUACUCUUUCA